AUGGUAAACGUACCAAAAGUUAGAAGAACCUUUUGCAGUGGAAAUUGCAGAAAGCACACAGUGCAUAAGGUGGUUCAAUAUAAAAAAGGCAAAGAAUCGUCAUAUGCACAAGGUCGAAGACGUUAUGAUAAUAAACAAAAAGGUUUUGGAGGUCAAACAAAACCAAUUUUGAGGAAGAAAGCUAAAACGACCAAAAAAAUUGUUUUGAGAAUGGAGUGCUCUGACUGUAAACAUCGAAAGCAGUUAGCCAUUAAACGUUGCAAACAUUUUGAGCUUGGUGGGCAAAAGAAAGCUCGAGGACAGGUUUUAAUCGUUUUCUGCUUUUUUUUAUUUUUAAUUGUAAUGAAUAAAGUAAAUAUGUAUUAUUUUUGA